AUGCGAACAAGAUCUAGCAAGCGUAAGCGUGUCGAAGUUGAACUUGAGGAAGGAGAAACUUCUAAGUAUUUCAAGAAAGAGGCGAAUGAAAAAGUGCCAGAGGCUCAAAAAUCAUGUUUGCCAGACUCAAGAAGCGUUGACGUUGAAUCGGUCAAAUUGAUGGGUGCCGAUACAUACUACGACUGGGUCGAUGCCAGAACGAAGGACGAAAUUACCUACGAGCCAAUCGCAGACAGACCCGAGUUUCCUCGAAAUUUCCUCCCGAUCUACCAAAAAGUGAGACUAAUGCGAUCCAAGAUCGCUACGCCUGUCGACUCAGUAGGGUGUGCUAUGAUUCCACUCACAGUAGGCAAAGAAUUUGGAGAGUCGAAAGAAACGAUGCUGCCACGCACAUAUCGAUUUCAGCUACUCAUUGCACUGAUGCUUUCUUCACAAACGAAAGAUGAAGUCAACGCUAGGGCGAUGUUCAGUCUCAAGGAAUACUGUAAAGAAGAGCUCAAAGACCCCGAAGGCGUAACUCUAGAAUCCAUUUCUCGCAUAGAUCAGGAUGUGCUGGCACAACUCAUAUACCCGGUAAGUUUUUACACAAGAAAGGCUCUUUACAUCAAAAAAGCCGUAAAGCUGUUGAAGGACAAUUUUGAUGGCGAUAUGCCCCCAGACAUCGCAGGGUUAUGCUCCUUGCCUGGCGUGGGUCCCAAAAUGGGCUACUUGGCACUUCAGAAAGGGUGGGGCAAAACGGAUGGAAUUGGUGUCGACGUUCACGUCGAUAGACUUUGCAAAAUGUGGAAGUGGGUGGAUCCCCAGAAAGCAAAAAGCCCUGACCAUACCCGUAAGCUUUUGGAAGAAUGGCUUCCAUACGAACUAUGGUAUGAAAUAAAUCCUGUUUUAGUGGGAUUUGGCCAGGUUAUCUGUUUGCCCAGAGGCAAAAGAUGUGAUUUAUGCAUGGCAAACGACGUCUGCAACGCAGCGGAUCGCAAAGUUGUCAAUUCGGCAAAGAGUCGCAACGAACUGCGAAAAAGUCGUGGGAAUGUUGCAAAAUGGAUCGAAUAUUUAGAGGAAACUACCGGCGCUCGAGAAACAUUAGAAAAAGGUGAGGUUAAAGUGGUAUUAAAACAAAGCGAGAACGAUGUGGAAAAGUAA